UUUAAGGGUGGUGCUGUUAGACAGAGCCCAAUAUAUUAGGGACUGUUUAUGGCCAUUUUUAUGUUGGCUUGACGUAAAGUUUUACGGCAGGGAAACCUUAACCCUUGUGUGUUGAGCCCAGUAGUUAGACCUUCCCACCCCUGACACCCGCAGGAGCUUCCUCCUUACAACGGCUUCGGGAGCCUGGAAGAUUCCUUACAGAACUGCCUGUCCCUCGUGCCUGAGCCACCCAAAAAGGACCUCCUGAAGUUGCUGGGAAACGAUGGCAAAGUGCUGCGCUACGCAGCCAGGAUGGAUUCCCACAAUCCCUUGGACCAGGGCCGUCGCUUCAUUAUUUCUUACUUCCUCGCCGACGACAUGAUAAGCAUCUUCGAGACGUCGGCACGCAACUCUGGGAUCAUCAGUGGGAAGUUUCUGGAGAAGACGCGCAUUCCCAAACCGGGCAGUACGGUGGACAAUCCGCAAUAUUACAGCCCGGCAGACUUCGCCAUUGGAGCCACUGUGGAGGUGUUCAGACACCGCUUCGUCCUGACUGAUGCAGACCACUACGUGCUGAAGUACCUGGAGACCAUCUCGGAGCAGAUCCCCUCCCAGACACUCUCCUCCCUGCGUCAGCACCUGGGCCUGCUUCCUGAACAGGCCCAGAGCACUGAGAUAGCCCAAGACACUGAAAACCCAUGAGGAUGCAUCGUCACCCACGUCAGUGUUUUUCGUGAUUUUCAGCAUCUUUUAUAAAGGUCCUAAAGGCCACAAAAUUUCCCUUUUAAACAGUGACGUUGCUUUGCAAAGGCUAGGAAAUGGGCUGUUUGUGGUUCAGGGCUGCCAUCUAGUGGACACUACAAGGAAUACUACUGCAUUACCGAAUUUCAUAAUUCAACAAGGAUCGAACGAAAUCCGUGUUUAAAUAAAGCUGGCCUGUUACUGAAGGUCAAGCAAGAGCGAAGCAGUAUGCUGGAUGUAAAGGAUGCAGGGGUGACCGAUGCAUGUGCGUCAUAAACCACCGGAAGAAACAUCACAUCUCGUCACCUUUCCUGAUGAGGCUCGAUGGCUUCAGAAGAUACUUCUGUCCCUUUGCAGUGUUAUUGAAAAAUAAACAGUAAAAAGGC